AUGAAGGGUGUCCGUCGAAUCACUAUCGGUCGCAGCAACGAGGUGAAACAGCAUCAGAUAUCCCAUGGCCCAGCGAUCGGGGGGAUCGUCGACAACAAAGUGAAUACAGAGGCAGUCCCUCUGCUCGCCCGUCAUCGUCUCGCUUGCAAAGUAGCGCAAAUAACGACGCUGGGCCGUCCUCGACAGUCUCAUCGAGGCAUAGAAGACCUAGAACCGAAAGACCAGGGCAACGGGAACAAAGCGAGCAGCAAGAGGACUAUAGUAGCAGUGCUUCAGGGCGAAGGACGUCUUCACGUCGGCAGAGCGGUGCAUCUAGCCAAACUGAUUCUUCCCGGCACAGAAGAAGAAGAGGAAGAGUCGGCUCAGUACACUGGAGCUCCUUUGCCGUCAGCAGGAGCCUUGGUGGGUAGCAGCGAAACAUAUAGCUCUUAUCAACCGAGAUACGACUCUUCUUAUGAUCAGCAGUCAAGUCAAUAUGGGGGAUCUCCGCCUCCCACAUAUGGCUCGUCUGUUACCAGCAACACUUCGCGGACUCGCCAGUCACCAUAUCAACAGGUUGAUUCAUAUGGUCAGCCAUAUCCAUACACACAGCAGCCAGCGGUACAGCAGCGCUUAUAUGGGGAGGAACCAGAUGAGCAGGAAUAUCAAGGACGGCCAUCGUAUGGCCGACAGACUUCACCGAGACAACCGCAGACAUAUGUACAACGAUAUUCGUAUGAACAGUCACCGCCGGGGCAACGCUCUGACAGAGAGCCGGAAGGCCAACAGUAUCCUGGACGACAGGAGCCAUACGGGCAACAAUCUCCAUUUGGACAAACUUCUCCUUAUGCGCAGGCUGCUCCAUAUGGGCAGCAAGUAGCAUAUUCGGAAUAUCCUCCCUACGCUCCUUACUACGGAAGCUCUAGCACCGCACAGGUAGUCAACCCUGCCUCAUAUAGGACUGAAAUUGACUCCCAAGAGCUUUCAGCAAGGAUGGGUAACGUGAGGCUGGACGAUAAUUCGUACAGACAGUCCAAUCCCGAUGAACGGUACGAGUAUGAGGAGGACCAGGAAGCAGUCGCUGAAGAAGCACAGGCCACAAGCUCUAGAAUCCGUGCACAGAUGAGACGAAGUGGUAGACGAUGA